AUGGAUACAUAUAACCUAAUAGAUGUGUAUCAUCCACAAACGGGCAAUAACUUGAUGAUUGUAAAUCAUCAAGUUGUUGAUCGUAACGUGAGUCCAUACAUUAAUAUGUGUUUAAAAAAACGGAAGCGCCAUACAUUUACUAGAGGACAGCUGGAUGUCUUAGAAAAUAUUUUCUACACAAAUAAAAAACCAAGCAAGGAAAUGUUGGAUGAUUUGGCACAACAAUUUGGCUUGAGCCCGUACCAAAUAAAAAUUUGGUUUAAAAAUCGCGUAGCAAAGUUGAGGAAAUCAGGGAAUAUUGAUAAUGUACAUCAGGAUUAUAUGAUUGGAUCACUACAACAAGCGUCCAGCAGUGGAAAUUAUCCACAAACGUCCAGCAGUGGAUAUUAUUCACAAUCGUCCAGCAGUGGAUAUAAUCCACAAGCGUCCAGCAGUGGAUAUAAUCCACAAGCGUCCAGCAGUGGAUAUAAUCCACAAGCGUCCAGCAGUGGAUAUUCGCAACAACCGUCCAGCACUGGAUAUUCGCAACAAGCAUCUAGAUAUUCACAGGAAGAAUCCAACAGUGGAUAUUCACAGGAAGAAUCCAACAGUGGAUAUUCACAGGAAGAAUCCAACAGUGGAUAUUCACAAGAAGAAUCCAACAGUGGAUAUUCACAGGAAGAAUCCAACAGUGGAUAUUCACAGGAAGAAUCCAACAGUGGAUAUUCACUACAAGAAUCCAACAGUGGAUAUUCACAAGUCUCCGAUAGUGGGUACUCACAACAAUACUCUGACAGUGGGUAUUCACAACAAGUUUCCAACAAUGGAUAUUCACAACAGGGACCCAACAGCGUAUAUCCGCAAGGGGGAUACACUAAUGUGUGUCACACUAGUCCAGAAGAUGUCAGUCCGGAUGAUUUUUUUCGUCGACUUUCACAUCAUGAUAUGGAAUACAUAAGUAGAAUUGUGUUAGAGGACUGUAUGUAUGCACAAAGUUUAACGGGACAAUAUGAGUAA